GCCAUUUUUCGAGCGGCGGCGGUACCUGCUUCGUCUUGCAUCCACCGCUGUCUGCUCCCUCCCCCACAUUGCAAUGUGCAUCCUUUCUGCCGUCAGAUCAGACGGCCAAGUAGGUGGAGACAGAGGGUGAGGUGACGGGGGUCGGUAGCGGCUUCGGCUCUCUUGCUGCCGACAGGUAAGCCUCCGCACUGCUCGUCAGAAUUGGGUGCGCCAACCCUGCGUGAGUGCGUGGUGAAGCGAUUCAGUCUGCUAGCCAGCGCCAACCCUUGUCGAGAAAAAGAACGCAACUCUGAACAGAGGCUCGAACUGAGUCGCGGUUCUGAGGCCUGGGGUAGGAAAAGAGCGUGAGGCGACUGACUGAACUGCUGCAAUCAGAAGACCGAAAAGAACCAGCUCAGUCCCGGUGAAAGGUUGAAUGGCUAUAUAAAGGGACUUCACUGAUCACUAGUUCAGGUAGCUAGUAGCAAUGGCAGCGCCUCCAGCCGUCUCCUUCCUCGCCAUUGCCGUGGCUUUGAUGGCAGUGCUGCACCCCGCGGCCACCAAUCCGCCGCCGCCGCCGCCACCAACACCAUCGGCGACAGGCACGCCGACGACCUGCGACUCGACCUUAUACCGUCUUCUCAGCUGCGAACCUUUCCUCUCGACCGGGAGUCUCGCCGGCCCGCCCGCCAGUUGCUGCGGGCCCUUGAGGGCGGUUCUCACCUCCCCGGAGUCCAUCUGUCUGUGCCACCUCAUCGGCGGCGAGGUCAACCAGUUCGCGCACAUCAACAUCGAUCCGGUUCGACUGGCUUUACUACCUCUUAUGUGCUUGGCGAUUAUACCCCCGGAGCUGCCCUACAUGUGUUUCGUGGGACCUGUGCCUCCCAUCAGAACUCCCCCAGCGCCAGCGGCGACGCUUCCUCGUGCAGCGCUCAAGGACUCGGUUGCAGGGCGUGGCUAAAGUUCCAAAAAAAAAAAGGCGCGCCUAAUUUAGAGAGCUCACUAAAAUUGUCAGACAAUCGGCUAUAUGUAACAAGUCCUCCUUUUAUUUCAAAAUUUCGAACACCUCGUUGGCGGUCUGUUUCUUUUUUCAUUUAGCUGUUAUUAGACGAUGCAUUAUGUAUGAAUAAAAACCGUUUGUGUU